AUGGCUCUCGCUUCUCCUGACAAAGAUGUUGAUUAUAUGAUCAAACCAGAAGCCGCGACUCCAGCACUCGAUACCAGUAGCUGGCCCCUUUUACUCAAAAAUUACGAUAAAUUGUUGGUUCGAACUGGGCAUUUUACACCGAUACCCCACGGCUGUGCUCCGCUUAAGCGCGAUUUAAAGUCAUACAUCAGCUCUGGUGUCAUAAAUCUCGACAAACCAUCCAAUCCCUCAAGUCACGAGGUUGUUGCUUGGGUUAAGAGGAUAUUACGAGUCGAGAAAACCGGGCACAGUGGAACGCUCGACCCCAAGGUGACGGGUUGCUUAAUUGUUUGCAUUGAUCGUGCAACUCGGCUUGUCAAAUCACAGCAAGGCGCCGGAAAGGAGUACGUUUGCGUAAUUCGUUUACACGACAAACUACCCGGUGGCGAGGCUCAAUUUGCAAGGGCUCUCGAGACCUUAACCGGUGCGCUUUUUCAACGGCCACCCCUUAUCUCAGCUGUAAAAAGACAACUUCGUAUACGAACUAUUCAUGAAAGCAAGCUCUAUGAGUUUGACAAUGAUAGACAUCUCGGCGUCUUCUGGGUUAGUUGUGAAGCAGGAACAUAUAUCCGAACGUUAUGUGUCCAUCUAGGCCUGCUCCUUGGUGUUGGAGCUCAUAUGCAAGAGCUACGUAGAGUUAGAAGCGGUGCUAUGGAUGAGCAAGAAAAUAUGGUCACACUGCAUGAUGUACUUGACGCUCAGUGGAUGCAGGAUAACACCAGAGAUGAAUCUUAUUUAAGAAAAGUAAUUGCACCGCUAGAAACUCUCCUCACAACAUACAAGAGGAUAGUAGUUAAAGACAGUGCCGUAAAUGCCGUAUGUUAUGGCGCUAAGUUGAUGAUCCCAGGACUUCUCAGAUACGAGAUUGGAAUUGAACUUCAUGAGGAAGUAGUAUUGAUGACUACAAAGGGUGAAGCUAUUGCACUCGGUAUAGCUCAAAUGUCAACUGUAGAACUAUCUACAUGUGAUCACGGCGUUGUUGCGAAGGUAAAACGCUGUAUCAUGGAGCGCGAUUUAUAUCCCAGAAGAUGGGGCCUUGGACCGGUUGCAUUAGAAAAGAAAAAGAUGAAAGCUGACGGGAAGUUAGACAAAUAUGGUCGUCCGAACGAAGCAACUCCUGCAAAAUGGAACACUGAGUACAAGGACUUUAAUGCUCCCUUGGAUGGUAGUACUGCCACAUCAGAGGCAAAAGCUAUUCUAGUUUGCAGGAACGCUGAUGCAAUGUUGGCCAAUUUAGGUGCAGAUACCCCAAUGGUAGAUAAUGCUGCAGAAGCUUCAUCUUUAGAAGCUGGCGCUGAAGAAAGUGGCAAGAAGCGCAAGCGUCACGAAGGCGAGACGGCCGAAGAGAAAGCUGAGCGACGUCGCAAAAAGAAGGAAAAAAAGAACAAAAAAGAGAAAUCAACUCAGGCCACUGAGGAUUCAGCUGCGGAGCAUAGCGCGUAG